CGUACGAUGGGAGGGCGCCAGAUAUAAGAUUUUCAAGAUGGCAACUUCCAUUGAGAACACGAUUAGAAAGCACUUUGAAAAGAAUUGUCGGACAAAAGAACAUAAUGGAGUCCACUCAUCUAAAGUUCACUCUGUGGCAUGGAACUGUGAUGGCAGAAUGCUUGCAUCUGGAUCGUUUGAUAGAAAUGUUAGCGUAUUUUCGCUGGAUAGAGAUAGAAUGACCAGAGAAGCAACAUACAAGGGGCACGUUGGCAGUGUUGAUCAAUUAUGCUGGCAUCCUAGGAACCCAGAUGUGUUUGUGACUGCAUCAGGAGAUAAGACAAUCAGGAUAUGGGAUACCAGGUCUGCCAGGUCUGUAGCAUCUAUAGCUACAAAAGGUGAGAACAUCAACAUCUGCUGGAGUCCUAAUGAACAGUACAUAGCUGUGGGCAACAAGGAUGACCUUGUGACAUUUGUAGAUGCCAAAUCUAAUCGUAUACUCAAUGAGGAGCAGUUCAAAUAUGAAGUGAAUGAGAUCUCAUGGAACAAUGACAGUGACCUCUUCUUUCUAACCAAUGGGCAUGGCUGUAUUAACAUUCUCAGCUACCCAGACCUUAAGCCUCUACAAGAACUCAAUGCUCACCCAGCUAACUGCAUAUGUAUUGAGUUUGACCCAAUGGGCAGGUUCUUUGCCACAGGAAGUGCAGAUGCCUUGGUUAGCCUAUGGGAUGUUGCUGAGCUGGUUUGUGUCAGAACCUUCUCAAGAUUAGACUGGCCUGUGCGUGCCCUUAGCUUCAGUCAUGAUGGUCAGCUCUUAGCAUCUGCUUCUGAAGAUCUCAUCAUAGAUGUUGCUCAUGUAGAAACAGGUGAAAAAGUAACCGAAGUGCACUGUGAAUCACCAACCUUUACUGUUGCAUGGCAUCCAAAAAGGUACCUGCUUGCAUUUGCCUGUGAUGAUAAGGACAAAUAUAAUAGGGAGAGGGAUGCAGGAAGCAUCAAGCUAUUUGGCCUACCUAGUGAUUGACUGAGGGACCCUCAUGGGAUUCUGUGAACGACAUCUCUUGAUGAAGAGGGUCUCAUAAACAAUGCUGCCCCACAACAAGUCGUGCAUCAGUCUGUAGAAAGAGUUGUAGGAUGUUGAUACUAGUGGUUUGAUUGACUACCCCGAAUACCAUAUCUUUGGAAAUUAAAACUAUGAAUGCAUCAAUGGAUAUGUAAUUGCCUUUCUUAUUUAUGGGCAGACCUGUUUGAGAGACAGGCCCCUUCUAACUCUUUGUAGGAUGAAGCCAUCCCAUGACCUAAUAGGCUGAGCUUCUGAACAAUUAUUAUUUACAUGAUCAGUGACAAAUACCAGCUCUUUGAUGCCAUAAGCAAGUGGGUCAAGAAAAUAUUUAUUCAUCCACGAAGCAGGCACUAUAUUAAUUUUUGCUAUUGCCAAUACACCCAUUUUGCCAUGAUGUAGCCUCUUGGAUGUAAUUUCAAGAGAACAGGUUCGCAUGAAGUUAAUAUGCUUAAUUGCAUAUUUGCUUGGAUUGAGUUUCAUGUUGUUGUUCCUUGUCCACUGCUGAAGCGCGUCAGCAUUGUUUAGGAUGGUAGCAGCAUCACUCGUUUUCCUGCAUUCCAGAAUCAAGAGAUCAUCCACAUAUUUCCAGUGCGGAUUCUGGCUCCCUUGGCAUACGUCAUUGAAUAGACAGAGACAAAUAAGCUACAGUCUGUCUUCCUGGGGCACCAGCUUGUACAUCUCUCCAAUCAGAGAUGGUUUAUCAACACUCUGCUAUCGGUCCUUGAGGAAGUCAGAUAUCCAUGCAACAACCGCUGCUCUACAUUCAUGUCUAUUAAUUGGGGUGAAACCAAGUUAUGAUCGAUCCGCUCCAAGGCCUUGGAAAAAUCCAUAAUCAAUAGUGUACACUUGCAUGUGUCCUAUUGUAAAGAUAAUUCAAGUAAUGCCAUGUUGACAAUCCCUUUCUGCAAAUUUAGAAAAAUGAUCCGUCAAUGACACAGGUCAUGGGAUGGAGAUGGUGGGCUGUAGUUCUUUAGGAACUGGUACUAUGUAGGCACAUUUCCAGCAGUUAUGCACAACUGCCUGUUGUAAGGACGAAUUUAGGAUAUCACAAAUAGGUAUGCAGAGCCAGUAUGCAGACCUCCAAACUUUCCUUAUUUCAAAGGUCGUAAUUCCAAAAAUGAAAAAAAGAUUCAUAAUUUUGAAAUCAGAAAAGGAUUUGUAAUUCAAAAAUGUGAUUGGGUCCAUAAUUCGGACAAUGAAAAGAUUUUUAAUUCAAAAAAUAAAAAAAGAGUUCAUAAUUCCGAAAAUGAAAUAGAGUUCUAUUUUAUUUUUUGAGUUAUGAACUCUAGAAACUAUCAACUUACAUUUAAGAACUUGAGAACCCUUUCUCCUUUUCGGAAUUACUAAACCUUCAGAAUAACAGACCUUCAAAAUUACAACCCUUCGGAAAAACGACAUAUAACCUAACUUUUUUAAUUAAAGGAGAGAAAUAGGUAGGGGGCAUGUAUCUUACAUCAGAAGCAGAAUAGUCCCUUAGACAAUUAUGCAUUUUUAUCGAUACCUGAUAAUGAUUGAAUGUGAAAUUUUAUGAAAAUUAAUUAAAUUAAUUUUUACAUCAUUACCAUAAUUCAUCAAUUUGGAUACUGUACUCCCUCUGGAAAAGCAAAUAAUUGCAUCCAUUUUUCUUCCGGAGAUUUUUACUUCUACUAUGAAAGAAAGGGCGAUAUUCCAUUAAAUAUUUGUGAUCAAUA